UUGUUUUGAGCUGUUGAUGCCACUGUUGUACUCUUGCAUUGUUCUGUCUAGAGGUGGUUGUGGUUGUUUUUGACUAGUUACCAUCUUGAGUUGAAGCUUGUCUCUGCAAAAUUUCUUUUUGUAAAAUCAGCCUGCCUUGCGUACUCCGAGUUUGGAUCCACUACACCUUGUCUUGUCCUGUCCUGUCUGGCCACAAUAUCGUGUUCAAGAGCACUUCUCCAUGAAGACCUGAAUCAAACUUGUCAGUAAGGUUUUGAAAUGGGACCACAAGACAACGCACAGAUUUUGAGAUGGGCCUAACAGCAGAGCUCCACAGAUUUAUAUAAAGCCAGCGACGAGAUGGAACUUUGUGUUUCUGCAGUGCUUUUGUCCUACUUCGCUCCAGCUUUGGGAUCAGCUUUUGGCAGGGAAAUGCCAGCUUCUCAAAUGGAUGAAAUUCAUGAAUACGACAAGCCAUUUCAUUAUGAUUAUGAAUCUCUGAGGAUCGGUGGUAUGAUAUUUGCUGUGAUCCUCUUCUUGAUGGGGAUCUUCCUCAUUGUCAGUCGGAAAUGCCGCUGCAAAGGGAACAAGUCAAAGCCAGUGGGUAUUGACACGGAGGCAGCCAGAGGUGCAAAAUAAAGUAAGCUGAGGGAACAGAGAAAAAGAAAGCAUGGCCUCUUAAGGAGAAAUCUUAAUCAGAACUUUGACCAUUUGGAAGAAGUCACUUGAGGAUUUAGUUCUUCUAGUGUUCACAAUUUUUAAAUUUGUAUGCUUUUGUCUCUGGGUACAUGAGAGAAUGAGUGCUUCUUUUUAAAAUGAGAAGUUUGAAAAUUAUUGAUUUAAAUAAGUGUUGAUUAUCAGCUAGAACUACUUUGACAAUGUUUAACUAAGCAGGUGAUACCUUUCAGAUUUCCCUCCACUUUUUGUCAUGUACUUUUCAAGCUCUCUGUGAAGUUUAUUAAAUACAUGGUGUUGGCUAGUAUGUGUAAGUGCUCAGUAGCUAAAAGUAGUAAGUAGGCAUUUUAUAUAUUUUGUAAAUUGUCCAUACAAUUUUGUCACGUCACAGAAGUAACCAAACAAACUGUAUACUGUAGUUGAAAAAUAAAGUGAUUUCCAUGGAAA